AUGGAUUCCCGAGCCCUCGGGGGCUUCACUCUACUGCUCUUCACUUUAUGGCAUCUGGGAUUAACUGCAACAAAUUAUAAUUGUGAUGAUGCAUUGGUAUCUCCCUUACCUUCAGCUGCCCUUACCAGUUCCUCUGAGCUCUUCAGUACUUACAGUCCCAGCUUUGCAAAACUCAACAGGCGAGAUGGAGCUGGUGGCUGGUCCCCACGGGAGUCCAACGAGCAGCAGUGGCUCCAGGUUGAUCUGGGGGACAGAGUGGAGGUGGUGGCCGUGGCCACGCAGGGCAGGUACGGCAGCUCGGACUGGGUGACCAGCUACGCGCUCAUGUCCAGCGACACCGGCCGCAACUGGAAGCAGUACAGGCAGGACGACGCCGUCUGGGCCUUCACAGGGAACAGCAAUGCUGACAGUGUGGUUCACCACAAACUGCUGCACUCCAUGAAAGCUCGAUUCUUGCGCUUCAUCCCUCUGAAGUGGAAUGCUGGUGGGCGGAUAGGACUGAGAGUUGAGGUCUUUGGCUGCUCUUACAAGUCAGAUAUUGCAGACUUUGAUGGCAGAAGUUCACUUCUCUACAGGUUCAAUCAGAAGCUUAUGAGCACGUUCAAAGAUGUAGUUUCCUUGAAGUUCAAGAGCAUGCAGGGGGAUGGAGUCUUAUUCCAUGGAGAAGGACAGCGUGGAGACUACAUAACCUUGGAACUGCAGAAGGGGAAGCUCUCCUUGCACCUCAACCUGGGGGACUCCAACCUGCACUUCAGUAACAGCCACACGUCUGUCACCCUGGGAAGCCUCCUGGAUGACCAGCACUGGCACUCGGUUCUCAUAGAACGCUUCAACAAGCAAGUGAACUUCACAGUGGACAAGCACACCCAGCACUUCCGAACCAAGGGGGAUUCAGAUCACUUGGACAUUGAUUAUGAGCUCAGUUUCGGAGGGAUUCCUGUCCCAGGCAAGCCAGGAACCUUUCAGAGGAAAAAUUUCCAUGGGUGCAUUGAGAACCUUUAUUACAACGGAGUCAAUAUAAUUGACCUGGCCAAGAGACGGAAACCUCAGAUCUAUACUGUGGGGAAUGUGACCUUUUCUUGCUCAGAACCACAAAUUGUUCCUAUCACCUUUGUGAGCUCCAGUCGAAGCUAUUUGCUGCUCCCCGGCACUGCUCAAAUUGAUGGCUUGUCAGUCAGCUUCCAGUUCCGAACGUGGAAUAAAGAUGGCUUACUUCUGUUCACCGAGCUGUCUGAAAGCUCAGGACAUCUCUUGGUUUAUCUCCAUGAUGGGAGAUUGAUGCUACUUAUUCAAAAGGAGACUGAGAACCCAGUGGAAAUCACUGAAGGCACCAAUCUCCAUGAUGGGCUUUGGCAUUCUGUUAACAUCAAUGCCAGGAGGCAUCGCAUUACCCUGACACUGGACAACGAUGCUGCCACUGCCAGCCAUGCAACCACUGUCUCAAGGAUCUACUCUGGGAACAGCUACUAUUUUGGAGGGUGCCCUGACAAUUUCACUGAUUCCCAGUGUUUAAAUCCCAUUACUGCUUUUCAAGGCUGUAUGAGGCUCAUCUUUAUUGAUAACCAGCCCAAGGACCUCAUUUUAGUUCAGCAAGGCUCCCUGGGGAAUUUUAGUGAUUUACACAUUGAUCUGUGUGGCAUCAAAGACAGAUGUUUACCCAACUACUGUGAACAUGGAGGAAAAUGCUCCCAGUCCUGGACCACCUUUUACUGUGACUGUAACAAUACAGGCUACAUGGGAGCCACCUGUCACAACUCUGUCUAUGAACAAUCCUGCGAGGCUUACCGACACCAAGGGAAGACAUCAGGUUUCUUCUACAUCGAUUCUGAUGGAAGUGGACCACUGGGACCACUCCAUGUUUUUUGCAAUAUAACAGAAGAUAAGAUCUGGACUUCACUGCAGCACAACAGCACAGGGCUCACCAGAGUGCAAGGAGCUGGUCCAGACAAGCCCUACACCAUGUCCUUCAACUACAACAGCAGUGCAGAGCAGCUGGAGGCCGUGAUAAACAGUGCAGAGUACUGUGAGCAGGAGGCAGCCUACUACUGCAAAAAGUCACGGCUCCUCAACACCCCGAAUGGAAUGCCAUUUGCUUGGUGGGUUGGCCGUGCCAAUGAAAAGCAUCUUUACUGGGGAGGAUCUCUUCCGGGCAUUCAACAGUGUGCAUGUGGAUUGGAAGAAAGUUGUCUGGAUAUGAGAUAUUUUUGCAACUGUGACGCAGAUAGAGAAGAAUGGACAAAUGAUACCGGCCUCCUUGCUUUCAAAGACCAUUUGCCUGUAACUCAGAUUGUGAUCACUGACACAAACAGAUCAAAUUCUGAGGCUGCUUGGAAAAUCGGCCCUUUGCGUUGCUAUGGAGACAGGCAGUUCUGGAAUGCUGCUUCCUUCAACACGGAGGCCUCCUACCUGCACUUCCCCACGCUCCACGCCGAGGUCAGCGCGGACAUCUCCUUCUUCUUCAAAACCACCGCCGUGUCCGGGGUGUUCUUGGAAAACCUUGGGAUUAAAGACUUCAUACGGAUUGAAAUAAGCUCCCCCAAGGAGAUCACCUUCUCCAUAGAUGUCGGGAAUGGCCCCACUGAAGCCACGGUGCAGUCUCCCACCCCCCUGAAUGACAACCAGUGGCACUAUGUCCGGGCAGAGAGGAACCUCAAGCAAACCUCUCUGCAGGUGGACAACCUCCCCAGGAAGGUCCUGGAGGCCCCUGCUGAGGGACAUUUCCGCCUGCAGCUCAACAGCCAGUUAUUUGUAGGGGGAACAGCUUCCAGACAGAAGGGCUUUUUGGGAUGUAUUCGAUCUCUGCAUUUAAAUGGACAGAAACUUGACCUUGAGGAGAGAGCUAAAAUGACACCUGGUGUUAAACCUGGAUGCCCAGGACACUGCAGCAGUUAUGGGAACCUGUGCCAUAAUGGAGGAAAAUGUGUGGAGAAGUAUAAUGGCUACUUCUGUGACUGUACCAACUCAGCCUAUGAAGGACCUUUCUGCAAGGAAGAGGUUUCUGCAUUAUUUGAAGCUGGCACUUCUGUUACCUAUACUUUCCAAGAACCUUAUCCUGUCACAAAGAAUGCAAGCACCUCAAGCUCUGCCAUUUAUGUGGAUGCUGUUGUGUCCAAGGAGAAUAUUGCGUUCAGCUUUCUCACAGCACACACUCCAAGCCUUCUUCUGUACAUUAACACCUACUUUCAUGAAUAUUUGGCUGUUAUUCUCUCCAAGAAUGGAAGUUUACAGGUCCGAUACAAGCUGAGUAAGGAUGGGCUCCUCAUUUUCACCAUUGACUCUGGAAAUUUUGCCAACCGAGAACUGCACCAUGUGAAGAUUAACAGGGAAGGCAGAGAGCUCGUCAUUCAGGUUGAUCAAGUUCUCAAACUCAAACACAACUUCUCUGAGAUUGAUUUUAAGGCCAUUAAGUCACUCACCUUGGGCAAGGUCACAGACAGUUUGUCCCUGGACCCUGAAGUCUCCAAGGCAAAUGCCUAUGGUUUCACUGGCUGCCUGUCCUCUGUUCAGUACAACCACAUCGCUCCCCUGAAGGCUGCCCUGCGCCAUCCCAGCAUCGCUCCCGUCACUGUCAGAGGCUCCUUGACACAAUCCAGCUGUGCAUCCAUGAUGGGAGCUGACGUGAACACAGCAACCACAAUAUAUUCCUCAUCAGAUCCUUUUGGGAAGACAGAUGAAAGAGAACCUCUCACCAAUGCAGUCAGAAGUGAUUCAGCUGUGAUUGGAGGUGUAAUAGCAGUUGUGAUAUUCAUCAUCUUUUGCAUCAUUGCCGUCAUGAGCAGAUUCCUCUAUCAACACAAACAAGCACAUCGAAAUAGCCAGAAAAAGGAGAAGGAAUACCCAGAACACCUUGAGAGCUCCUUUAAAGCUGACAUUGACUUGCAAAACACAGUGAGCGAGUGCAAACGGGAAUAUUUUAUCUGAUGGACAGUGCAAUUUCCUCUUCCUCCCCUAACCUCCUUUUCUUUAGCCCCUU